AUGUCCAGAAACGAAGCUUUAAAGAACUGGUAUGUAGAAGAAUUUGAAAAGUUGAUCAAUGACGGCUAUAUGACAGAGGUUACAGCUGAGGAGGAUGUGCAGUGGAAAUCGAAUGGUGGCAAAGUCUACUACAUCUGUCAUUUCGCACACUUUAAUGAGCAUAGUUCCUCAACCCCACUCAGAAUCAUAUUUGAUGCAAGUGUUCCAUUUAAAGGCAAGGCUAUAAACUUCUUGUGGGAACCACCACCAAAUUUGAUUCCACCAAUUCCAACCCUGCUGUUGAGGUUCCAGGAAAGAAAAAUACCGGUUGCAAUGGACAUAAGUAAAGCAUACUUCACUGUUCGCCUUGAGACAGAAGAAUCUCAUCUGCACCGCCUUUUGUGGAAUCAACUGGAUAAGGAAAAAGAAGUAAAGACGCUGCGAUUACUUCGAAACUCCUGGGGAACUACUCCGGCAGGUGGUAUAUGCAGUGUAGCAAUGCUCAUCAUAGCUGAGAAAUUCAAGGACAAGUACCCACAGGUAUACGAAUUCGUAAAAUCGAACUUGUAUGUUGAUGAUGGUACUACAAGUGUUGAUGAUGUUUCCACGGCAUUACAACUUGCUAAGGAACUCAACAUUGUCCUCAGUGAGGCAUCCUUCAUCAUAAAGCAUUUCAUGAUCGGUGGAAGUGAAAGUGAUAUUGAUGCCGACAUAAAGAAGUGCCCGGAUGUACCUGACAAUGUGCGACAGACACCAGAGCAGGAAAGGAUCCUGGGUAUAAUAUAUCAUUCUACCAACAAUGAAAUUUCCAUUUCAGGUAGGAUUAACUUCUCAAAGAAAAGGAGAGGCAUUAGAUCAGAGGAAGAUAUCAGUUUAGAAGACUUUGAUGAUUCCUUCCCUGACACUUUCAGUCGAAGAAAUUAUCUACAGAUCAUAGCAACCAUCUAUGAUCCGACGGGACUUGCAACUCCGGUUAUCAUCUGCCUGAAGCACGAACUAGGUCAAAUAUUCCGCCUCAAACAGGAAUGGGAUGAUCCGAUCCUAGAUGGUAACGAUGACCUACCUACAACCCGCAGUCGGUGUAAAGAAGUGAUUCGUUCGAUCUACGGUCUAAAAGAAGUUAGGUUUGUUCGCUGUCUUACACCGGAAACUGCAGUUGGCAAACCCACUCUAGUAAUUUUUUGUGAUAGUUCUCAGACUGCCUAUGGAUGUAUCGCGUACUACAACUGGAAGCUGGAAAAUGGCGAGCGAGCAUCUGUUCUUGCCAUGUCAAAGGCAAAACCUUGGCCACAAAUUCCGACGUUAACGAUCCCCCGUGGUGAGUUACUUGGAUGUCUGCUGGGUGCCAGAAUGCAACAGACUAUUGUAAAAAAAUCCAGCUUCAUUUUUGAAAGCGUAAUGCUGCUAACUGACAGCACCAUAGUUCUGGGACAACUGCGUCAUGAGCCCCACAAGUACAACAUGUGGACAGCCAGCCGUAUCAGUGAAAUACAAACUCUGACUGGUAUUCGCAAUUGGUACCAUGUGGACUCUGGAAACAACGUUGCCGAUGAUGCGUCAUGCGGUCUUAACCCAUCUGAAAUGGGAAAGGAUUACAGAUGGCAAAAAGGUCCAGACUUCAUGAAGAAGGACAUCAGCGAAUGGCCAAUCAAACAUGCAAAUGAAGUUCAUGCGAAAAAAGAAGAUCUGGACAUAAGAAUAAAAGAUCCACGGAUGACCAUUGGAAGAUGCAAGUCACUAUGUGUCCAGAUUGAUGGUGGAACAAAUGAAGAUUAUUCAGUUAUUCUUGAUAUCCUAAAAACAUUUAACAUAACGGUCGAAAAAAAUGACAGCCUGAUGAAGAUUAAACGUCUCAUCUCUAGAAUCAUAAGAUUUAUGGAAAAUGAUUCACAAUUUUUCAGAGAUCGACUGAAGAGAACAGUGAAGACUACUCCAGUUGCCAUCAGUAGUAUGACAAAAGCAGAACGUUCGAGAUGGUUUGCUGAAAAUGAUACAUUUGUGCCUACCAAGCGUGAGUUAGUAAUAUCAAAAUUGUUUCUUAUUCAACAGGCUCAGCAGUCGCUACCGUUAGAUGUGGAACAUAAGCUAAAGUCACUGAACCCAAUACUGGAUGCCGACGGUGUGUGGAGAGCACUAGGUCGUACUGGUGCCGCUCUAUCAAACCCGCCUGCGAUUAUACCAUACUCUGAACCCUUUGCAGAGAUCUUGGUGCGUAAAUGUCACCAACCGCAGCACUCUGGUGCGGAUACUACUCUUGCCCUAGUACGUGAGCAGUUCUGGAUCCUCAACGGUAAACGGUUCGUCAGCAAAGUUGUGUCGCAGUGCCCAUAUUGUCGCUUUCUACGGAAGAAGAUCACCCAAGUAGAGAUCGCUCCUCAUUGCCGCGAGACGAGAAAUUACCGGGUAAAUUCUGGUAAAGCCUGGAUUCUGGUCAUCGUGUAUCGUGCAUCUGGUGCGGCCCACAUAGAGGUCCUUGAAGGUUAUGAUACCAACUGCUUCCUUGCAGGUUUCGAUGCUUUCACUAGAAUCCGCGGAAAACCCACGUCUGUGACUGCAGAUCUUGGUUCGCAAAUCCGUGGUGCUGCAAAGUCAUGGAGAGCCUUUGGAACCAUACCAAGAUGGCAAAGAUUCAGACAAAUCCCGAAACAACAACCUGGCACUUCGUACCAUCUGGAGCUCAUUCGUCAGUUGGACAAGCUGAGAGGAUGA